AGAAGCAGAGAUAGAGGGCGAGGAGGGCAAAAAAGACGGACAGGAUCCCAUCAGAGCCUGGGAACCUGAGGGAUCCUGGAGAGACAGACAGAGGACGGGGGAACCUUCCAAGUGAUAAUGCUGUGAGGAGAACUGCUCAGGGAAAGCUAAAUCAGGUAGUUUUUGUCUUCAUCUUUAUCCUGAAAGCGUCCUGUGCAGGAUCUGGUCUGGUCUGAGGGGGACUCACUCUGCAGCACCAUGGGAGCCUCCAGUGAUAAGGCGUCUCUCCUCUCAGGGCUGCCUGUCUUCAUGCUGUGUGUCGUCUUCUCUCUCUGCCAGGAGGAAUACUCUGGAUACCACUCAGGUGAGGAACACACCUACGAAGGCUCUGUAGUUGACCACUAUGACAACUUGGCCUCUCCUCAGCCAGAGUAUCCACCUGAGCCGACUCACAGCUACGACGAGGAUCAGGGGCCCGAGGAGGGCGACUACGACCCCUACAGGCCCAUCCCCACCCAGGUCACCAUGAUCACUGAGGACGCUUUCCCCUAUGCCACCACCACAGAGUCCCACUACGCCAAGGAGGACACAGAGACCAUGCAGGUCCCAUAUGAGUACCCCCCAGCAGGACCAGACACAGAGUCCUCUGAGGAGUCCGGGGGUGACGCGGCCCUUGGGGAGGAGGGGCCGACAGAAUGCGACUGUGAACCUGGAGAACCUGGAUUUGCUGGUUUUGCGGGACCGAAGGGAUCCAGAGGCCUGCAGGGUAAAACUGGUGAGCCAGGAGCUCAAGGCAGAGAGGGUUAUAAAGGAACCAAAGGUGUUCAGGGAAGAAGAGGAGACGCCGGCCCAGUGGGUGACGCCGGGCCUGAAGGAGACGACGGAGGGUCUGGUUUCUCUGGAGCCAUGGGAGAACUUGGUCUUCAAGGAGACCCAGGCGUGCAGGGAGAGCUGGGUCUGAAGGGCGACGUGGGCAUGGACGGACCUCGAGGAGGAGUCGGAGCUCCCGGUGAGACUGGUCUUCUCGGCAGCGCUGGACCUCCAGGACCAAAGGGAGGUAAAGGUAUCAAGGGGUCUCGUGGUGAUGAAGGCAAAGUGGGUCCUCAGGGACGGGAUGGACAGAAGGGUCAGACCGGAGCACCUGGGUUUCCAGGGGAUGUGGGCGACAGCGGCUACACUGGUUACCCUGGACAGCCAGGCAGCAUCGGCCCCAGUGGACCAAAGGGCGUUAAAGGUCACGACGGGCUGCCGGGCAGUGACGGUGACCCCGGGGAAGAUGGUCCUAUAGGAGUCCCGGGGGUGAUGGGAGAGCCUGGACUGUUUGGCGCCAAGGGAAACAAAGGGGAUCGCGGUGUCAGAGGUCCUCGAGGCAGAGUGGGCGCUGUGGGAGCAGAAGGAGAGCGAGGAGAUGCCGGAGUACCAGGGAAGCCAGGACCAAAGGGGCUGCAGGGCCAGACAGGGGCCAAAGGUGAGACGGGACCCGACGGCGAGAAGGGUCCAGCAGGCAAGAAGGGCAUUAAAGGGGGAAAAGGGCAGAAGGGAAGCGUGGGUGAGCAUGGAGACAAAGGACAGCACGGACCCAAAGGUGCAGUCGGCCGUAACGGCGGCCCCGGCCAUGUGGGGCCCCCCGGCAUCCCAGGAACCAGGGGAGAACGCGGCCCCAUCGGUGACCCAGGGGCUAAAGGCCGACCAGGACCUAAAGGAGUCCAGGGACCCUCUGGUCCUGGUCUGACUGAUGAGCAGGUCCUGCAGCUGUGCAGAGGUGUGGUGACGGCCCAGAUCUCCCAGUACGCCGCCUCCAUCCGCGCCAAGUGCUCCCAGGGUUGCCCCAUAAACAACCGCACGCUCAUCGGGCCCCCGGGAGUCCGAGGGCCACCAGGAACACCGGGCAAACCUGGUAAAGCUGGAAAAGCUGGAGCAAAGGGAGCCAGAGGAGCUCAAGGCGACAGAGGACUGGAGGGACAGGAAGGACCGCCGGGGGACAGAGGUCAAAAAGGAGCUAAAGGCGUCACAGGUGAUCCAGGUAAAGGCCUCCCGGGACCUGACGGACCACAAGGCCUCAGAGGUUUGCCAGGUCACCCCGCAGAACCCAAAAACGGCAUGGAGGGUCCCCGAGGUCCUCGUGGUUUCCCUGGUCCGGUGGGUCCCCCCGGCAUGGUCGGGGACGCGGGCGUGCCAGGAUUUUGCGAGGCGCGGGACUGCAGCAUUCAUGCGCCGGUGAUGCGCAAAGAGCAGGGUCUGGUGAAAAGACCUGUCGGUUCAAAGAUCUGAACCUGAACACGAGCGACAAAGACCACUGUGAGAUUAAAGAGGGUCUGAGGGUCUUCAUGUCAGUGAUAUUCCUGCCGACAUUAGACCUGGGUUUAAACAGAAAAAGGUUCUUACUAAUGUUUAUGGCAACAGUUUUUAAAAGCUGCGACUGAUUCUAUCAUAUGGUUUCCUGCUGAAACUCAGUGGGCCAUGUAUGUUACCGUGAGGCGCUCCGCUGAGAUACUGAACUCUGAGCAGGAACCAAAGACUUUUCCAUCUGAGCCGGACAAAGCUGUGAGUGAACAGUCGAUGUUCAGAGGUUCACACUUCAUAAAUAUCUAAACUCAGAGACUUUAGUUUUUUUACAGUUUGGCCAAACGUGUUGUAACUUGAUAAAAACAUCGAGUAAACGAUUCCCCACUGAAUCCUUCCUUUGGUUUAGUUUUUGUUUUCUCUGGUGCCAAAAAUCACUAUAAAAAUAAACAAAAAUAAAAAAAUGCUAUGUAAAUAUUUUGUAAAGUAUCUUAAACACGUGUACUUUGCCCUGAAAAACGUUUCAGAUAAACUCAAUGAUGUUUUUUUCAUCUGAGUCUUUGUCAGUGGUUCUGUUCUUAAUUCUCAACAUUAUUCUGAAAACUGUAGAAAAGUCAGAUCACAGAAUCUUCACCCACGUCUCAGAAAAAAUCUAAUGAAGACGACUUCUCCCUUCAGA